UAAAUAUUUUAUUCUGGAAUGCCAAGUCAUGAUAUAGCUGUGACAAUAAUGUAGACAUGGAACACAAUUGUUUUUCUUAUCAAUUCAUGGGAACUCUCCACCACAUGAUUCAUUACAUCAUCUUAUCUUACCAUUAACUUCUGUUGUUUCUGCCAAUAUAUUUUUAAACAAAUAGAGUCAAACAAUGCAAACCUCAUAGCCAAAACAAAUCUUUAUCCCAGUUUCCUGGCCAUGACUAAUAGUUAUUACAACAUCUUUAUAGCUUAAACAAAAAACUGCAUCAUUUUCAUGGCUAUCAAACUGGUCUACCCAUCUUCUCACUUAGUUCCUACAACACCCAGAAUCCGAAACGUUUCUAAAACAGCUUACCGGUCAGUAGCACAUCCAUGGAACAACAAUGCAAGACAUGCCGUCGCGUUUCAUAUCGCUAAAGUUGCAGAACAAACCUCCGGUUUAGUCGAAGAAGACGACGCCACACUUUCGCAGAUAAAACAGCAGCUUUACGCGUCACUCCAAGGAAGUAACAGAGGGAUUUUUGGAGUGAAAUCUGAAAAGAAAUCUGAGAUUCAUGGUCUAGUGGAGCUUUUAGAGUCUCAAAAUCCCAACCCAGAGCCUACUUUAAAUCUAGAUAAGGUGGGUGGUUGCUGGAAACUUGUGUACACUACAAUUACUAUAUUAGGAUCGAAAAGAACAAAGCUUGGACUCAGAGAUUUUAUCAGUUUGGGAGAUUUGUAUCAGAAUAUUGAUGUUGCUAAGGGCAAAGCAGUUAAUGUGAUAAAGUUCAAUGUUAGAGGAUUGAAUUUGUUCAAUGGACACCUUACAAUUCAGGCAUCUUUCAGCAUUUCAUCUAAAUCAAGAGUUGAAAUAAAUUAUGAGAAUUCAUACAUCACUCCUGAUCAGUUGAUGAACAUGUUUCGGAAGAACUACGAUCUGUUGCUCGGCAUCUUCAAUCCACAGGGUUGGCUCGACAUUACAUUUGUUGAUGAUAACAUGAGGAUAGGAAGGGAUGACAAAGGCAAUAUCUUCAUAUUAGAGAGAUCGGAAAGAGAUUGAUAAAAAAAAUUAUAAUCCUCUUACAAACUCACAAUUUUACACAUAUUUUAGUCAUACAAUCUUUUUAAAUUUUGCUUAUAUUGUUGUUUAUCUGUAGUUUAGCUUCAAUUUUAUGUAUGUAUUUAUAUGAUGUAUUCUCAAUUAAAACAUUAAUCUCUCCGAAUAAUAAUAAUUAUAGCAGGAAA